AUGGACGGUGCAUCAAAAAAGCUGCAGUACUGGAGGCUGUAUCUGCUGGCACUGGUGUUGGGAAUCGGGGGCUCGUUUCAGUAUGGGAUUCAAGUUUCUGUCAUUGCCUCUCCAGCAGUGCAUGUUCAGAGUUUUGUGAACUACACCUGGAUUUUGAGGUACGGCGCUCCGGUGACCGACUCCACCAACCAGCUCAUCUGGUCCUUCAUCGUGGCUGUGCUGAGUCUUGGAGCCUGGGCCGGGGCAGUUCACUCUGGCAGACUCCCUGUCACUUACGGCCGGAAAAAAGCUCUAUUGAUCAACAACGCUGUGGCGAUUGUCGCUGCUCUUCUCAUGCUCUUCAGUCGCAUGGCCAAAUCGUUUGAGAUGAUCCUACUGGGAAGAUUUCUCUAUGGGUAUAAUGUCGGUCUGGGCCUGAGUGUGCACCUCAUGUACCUCGGGGAGAGCUCUCCAAAGAAACUCAGAGGUUUCCUGACGCUCACCGGCUCAAUCUUCAUCGGUUUUGGGAAAGUCGCAGGUCAAAUAAUUGGCAUCAAGGAGAUGAUGGGAGCAGAAGAAAUGUGGCCGUAUCUCUUGGCUGUCAGUGGUAUUCCUGCCAUCCUGCAGUUUGUGACGUUGCUCUUCUUCCCCGAGGCGCCUCGCUACCUUUACAUUGACAAAGGAGACGCUGAAGGCACCAGGAAAGCCUUGCAGUGGCUGUGGCAGGAGGACGAACUGAAGCAGGAGCUGGACGACAUGCAGAAAGAGAGGGAGAGCACGCUGGGAGAGAAGGCCAAGACUGUGAAGGAUGUUCUCACCUCUCGCUGCGUCCGGUGGCAGCUACUGACUCUGGCCAUCCCCUGCGCCGGUGUUCAGUUCUGUGGCAUCAAUGCCCUGUACUUCUACGCCUUUGACAUCUUCCGUGAGUCAGGGGUGCCGGAGGACCAGAUGCACUACUUGUCCAUUGGCAUUGGAGCAACAGAGCUCAUCGCUGUAACACUGUGUUCGUUCUUGAUAGACCGCGCCGGCAGAAAGAAGCUGAUGGGCUACGGUUAUCUGAUGAUGGGUGUCACCAUGUCUGUGCUCACGGUCACGCUGUCCUAUAAGGAUCUGAACUCUUGGAUCCCAUAUGUGAACAUCGCCCUGAUCUUUUUUGUCAUCAGCAUCUAUGGACUUGGGCCUUCUGGAGUCUCUAUGGCUCUCCCUGCUGACCUCUUCCUGCAAGCUUGGCGUCCUUCUGCUUACGUGAUCAGCGGGACCAUCAACUGGAUCAGCAUGUUCCUCGUGGGGAUGCUGUUCGGCUACAUUGUGGAUGGACUCGGCCAGUUCUGCUUCCUGAUUUUCGUGGCUUACUGCGUUUUCAGCGCAGCAUUCCUGAUAUUUUUUGUCCCAGAGACCAAAGGAAAGACAAUGGUAGAGAUUAUGGAGGACUUCAACACACUGAAUUACAGGAACAGGUCCGCUGACGCCGAGAGGACUGACAUUGAUCUCGCAACUAAGUUCUAGGAGAUUUUAUUUAUAGUUUAUCACCUUUGACUUUUUCUUUUGAGUAUCAAUUUAUUUCAAGAAAAAAAACAUGCACUUAAUUAUCACUAAUCAUUCAACAAUAAGUAAUAAAUAUGUGCGUGUAUGUAUAAAUGUAGAUUACAUUUUUGUGUAGCCAUUAAACAGAUUAGAAAUGUGGAAACCAGAUAUUGUAAAUAUAGUACCAUGGACAA